CUGCCAGACACACGGACGCCCAGCAAAACACGCAUCCCCGUGCCGGCGGCUAACACAAACGGCCCUCUGCCCCCUGUUCUGCAAGGGUACAUGGCCGCGCCUGUCCUGCUCCAGCGCUCUGCCCCCAUGGACCUUCUGCGACAGCCAAACGCGCCGCCGCGGCUUGAAAUCAGCCCCGAGCCCCCCGCCGACAGGACCUCUGUGGUCGAGGGCGUGGUGCCCAAGGAGUUCACUGCUCAGGGCACCACGCCGUCGGGCAAGCCUCGGCUCUUCGUGUGCGCCAUGUGCACCCGGGCGUUUGCCCGCUUGGAGCACUUGCGCCGCCACGAGCGCUCCCACACCAAGGAAAGACCCUUCGACUGCGGCGUGUGCCAGCGCAAGUUCUCGCGCCGCGACUUGCUCUUGCGCCACGCCCAGAAACUCCACGCGGGCUGCGACGACGCCGUGGCCCGCAUGCGCCGCAAGCUGUCGAGAGCCCACAUGUCCGUGCUGGGUGCCCAGGACGCCGGCGCGGGCGCGGGCCUGGCCCCCGCCACGCGCAAGCCCAGCACCGGCGUGCCGGUGCCCAUCAACUUCAACCACGGCUCCUUUUCCGCCCGCCACCAGGACGCCCCGGGCUCGCCCGGAGGGCCGCCGCCGCGCAAGUCGCGCCUGGGCUCGGUCAAGGACGCGGGCUUGAAGAAGCAGCUCUUCGACAAGCGCAAGCCGGGGUUCCGCCGCGCGUCGUUCUCCGCGCAGUCGGGCCCCAACUACGCCAUGGUGCCGCCGCAGCUGUACACGUCCAGCACCGCCGAAAACGUCGAGUUCUCCACGCCGCAGAUCCUACCGUCGUUCGCCAGCGACGAGGACUCCUGGCUCAACAGCUUGUGCGCCAUUCCCGGCAUGUCUCCGCUCAAGCUGCAGCCCGUGAUCAACGAGCAGACCCAGGCGUACUCGUUCGAGCAUGAGUUCCCGAAACACACCGCCAUGUUCGGCGGCGGCAUGCUGCAGAACGUGAUGCACUCCGAGAGCAUUGGCUCCAGCAGCCCCACGGGGAACAUCGAGCCUGCGAGUGCCCAUCCGCCAUUCAUGGCACACUGCUCCAGCUUUGCGGGCAACCCGGCCAAUCCAGAUGGCAGUCCGCGCGUGAACCACGAGUUCGACGCCACGGGGUACUCGUUCUACGAUAUCCCGGACUCUUUCGUCAGCAAUCUCGCGCCAAAGCCAGGCACGACUCGGUCUUUGUUUCCAAUACGACAUGAGUUGGAAGAUGACCUAAUGGACUUGGAUAACCUGCAUCCCUUUUCGAUGAAGACCAUGUCUGUGCCCGAAAACAUGGCCAAUCAAGGGGAUUUCAGCCUCAAUCACUUGGAUGACAUCAACGAUCUUGACCAGUUCUUCAACGAUGGCGGAAAGACGCUUUUGGGGGGCUACUCCUUUUAUGGAGACAACCCUCUGAUUCCCUCCACGGGGUUGGAAUCCAUGUCCUCCCACGCUUCAGCAUCGCCCUCCAACAUGCACGCGGCGAACCCUCAACUCCUUGCAAAACCACAAUACCAACAGAACUCCCACCUAGGGAACGAGUCCCGUAUGCCGAUUGAAGACCAACUCGAAAACGCUAACUUCCUCGACUAUGGCCACAGCAAGACGUCCCUCUUCACCAGGAACAUGAGAUACUUGAUCAAGCGCACCUUAAAUAAGUACCCCAUCAGCGAUGUGCCGCCUCCAUGCAUCCCCACCAAUGAGAAAUUGGAAUUCUACGUGCGGACAUUCAUCAAGAGGUUCUUGUCAUAUUUCCCGUUCAUCCAUCCAUCCAGACUCAAUGAGUUUGACAUAAUGGACAUGACAUCGGAUGAGGAUCCUCAAAAUGAAAGCGCUCGCAUAUGUCUUCCUCUUUUGGCUGCGACUUUGGGCGCGUUGCUAGCGAACAACAAAAUUGAUCUGGAUCAGUUGUAUGAGGCGUCACGCAGGACAGUCCACAUCUAUUUGGAGAGCAGGAAGACCGGGAAAAAGGCUUCAACCUCGGGCCAGCAAUCCAACCCUCUCUGGCUUAUACAAUCCCUUACACUUUCGGUGUUGUAUGGCCUCUUCUCAGACAGCGAGAACAACAUUCAUAUUGUCAUUCGACAGCAUAAUGCUUUGAAUUCCUUAGUGAAGACUUCUAUCAAGAACAAUCAAGAAAUCUUCUUUGCCAUUAGCGGCCAGGAUCAAACUAUCUACAAUUUCGCCAAGAGAGGUGAUUGGCAUGCCGCACGUGAAGCCCUUAAUUACGCUAGCGAAAGCGAAGUCAAGUUCAAACACGCUAUAGCCAUGCAAUCUCAGAUCAGAUCUGCGCUCACGAUUUAUCAACUCACCAAUUUCAUCUUGAUGAUGUUUAAUGUGCCGCUUACCUUGAGUGCUGCUGAGUUGGGGUCCUUGACUUGCCCGAAUACGCACGAUGAGCUCUUGUGGGGAUUCAGCAGCUACAACGAACUCUCUAACUACUUGCAAACAAUGGGUGUUCAUCAGGAUAUUGAUUUUUUCCUCGCGAAAAAUGAAUCAAACACCAUUGUGUUCCAAGAAGUCUUGAAAAGUGUUUGCCAGCAUCAUGCUGAUAAAUCUUUGUCUUCCAAAUUGUUGAAUUUGAGCAAAUUCGGGUUCAACUGUUUGGCUAAGGGAGUAUAUGAAUUCAUGCAAUAUGAAGACUAUAACUUCAUGGAUGUUGGCUCUGUCUUGAAUCAUCUUACGUUUUACAUCGACUCACCUUCAAGAAAUCCCCACACUCAUUACUUGGCACUGGGAAGGUCCUGCAAUGAAAAGUAUGAUUACGCCUUAAUUGCCAACUUUGUGGAAAUUUGCUCAUUGAUUGAUUUCAGGAUGGUAAAAGAACAGAGCUGGCUCAAAAAUUACGAUAUACUCAACAAAAAUUACCAUGCGCUUUUGAAUCACAUGGAAUCUGUUAGCGAUACUACUUACUUGAAAGUUAUUCAUAACUGUAUCGCUAUUACGAAAUUGGUGAUGUUCAAAACUGAAGAGUCUGGCUUGAAUGGCAAAAGCAAUGCAAAUGAUUUCCAAACGGACGGCUACACGAGUAAAAUUGACAAAAACUCAUUGGGCAGUGGUAACUCGGAGUCAACCUUUGAAAAGUCUCUUGGACUAAGGGUCCUGGAUGUAAUAUCUUGUGACACUUCACCGAUCAACUCACAAGUGAUUUUUCACGUCUUUUUGAUUUACUCUAUUUUUGCUGUCUACGUUGCGAAGAGAAAUAAUCCUGCCACUCAAGCCGCCCAAGGUCAUAACUUCAAUGAGACUUGGCAACUCAAUCAAACGUUUUUGAACUUACUCAAUGUUUUGGGAAAAUUCGAAGAGCAUUUGCGAUUGCAAUUCGAAAAUCGCCAGCUUCAGGCCGAGAUGGCCAAUAUUUUUCUUCUUUUGCCUGGCAACACUAAUGACAUGCGCUUGGAAAAUGCGUCCCCAAAGACACAUGGGCGUCACGAUGAGCGCAGUAAUGCUUUCGCCUACAACUUGGAAAAGACACUUUAUGUCUUGCGAAUUGGGGAGUUGAUGAUGAAGAUGUUGUACGAUCAGAAUAUCAAAGUGAUCAUAUUAAAAAGACUCAGUUGCAGCAUGUCACAGAUCCGAAAGUAUUUGAUUGACGAGGAAGCAAAAAUCUUAUCAUGAAGUAUCUUUCCAUAAGGGUCCCUGGAGGAAAUAGACGUUUGUGAGCUGAUGACAUACGGUCAGCAUAGAUUCUUGGCCAGUAGCAGUCGUACUAGGCAUGGGAGAAUCAUUUGGCGCAAGGGCUGUUUGUGCGUCUCAAUAUUUAACCUUAAAAUCAAGACACUUUCAUUUACUUUUGAAAAUCCUCGUAUAAUGGGAGCAAGCUACACUAAAGUUGACGAUG